AGGCAAAGCUGUAUAUCAACUGGAAGGAGAGAUAAAAGUGAUGGCUAAUUGAUUUGGGCGAGGAAUCAGAGAAUGCCCAUCUCCACAUUUUGCUCAAAUUUUACACAAUUUGAGCUCAACCCUUUCUGAUCUUCAAGAUCUUUGCCAUAUAUUGACAUAAAGAUCUUACUUUGACUGUUGUGUAUCUCACUCUUUAUUUGCUCUGUUUCUUCUAAGAAAUGGAGGCAAAUGCUGGAAUGGUGGCUGGAUCUUACAACAGGAAUGAGUUGGUUCGAAUUCGGCACGAUUCCGAUAGUGGGCCCAAGCCCCUGAAGGAUUUGAAUGGCCAGACAUGUCAGAUUUGUGGAGAAAAUGUUGGACUUACAGCCACCGGUGAUGUCUUUGUCGCUUGCAAUGAGUGUGCCUUCCCAGUUUGCCGGCCUUGCUAUGAGUAUGAACGGAAAGAUGGAAAUCAGGCCUGUCCUCAGUGUAAGACUAGAUAUAAGAGACACAAAGGAAGUCCUCGAGUUGAGGGUGAUGAUGAAGAGGAUGACGUUGAUGACCUGGAGAAUGAGUUCAGGGGAAAUAGCAAGGCAAGACGCCAGUGGCAAGGGGAAGAUCCUGACCUCUCUUCAUCUUCUAGACAUGAAUCUCAGCAACCAAUUCCCCUUCUGACCAAUGGGCAAUCAGUAUCUGGUGAAAUUCCCAGUGCUACUCCAGACACCCAAUCUGUACGAACUACAUCUGGUCCUUUGGGUCCAGGUGACAAAUCACUUCCAUAUAUCGAUCCAAGGCAGCCAGUUCCUGUAAGAAUUGUAGACCCCUCAAAGGACUUGAAUUCUUAUGGCCUUGGAAAUGUUGACUGGAAGGAAAGGGUUGAAGGUUGGAAGCUCAAACAGGAGAAAACUAUAAUACCAGUGUCCAACAGAUACAGUGAAGGGAAGGGAGACAUUGAGGGUACGGGAUCAAACGGGGAAGAACUACAAAUGGCUGAUGAUGCUCGCCAACCUAUGAGCCGCAUUGUGCCCAUUUCUUCUUCUCACCUGACCCCAUAUCGAGUUGUGAUUAUUCUUCGGUUGAUUAUCUUGGGAUUCUUCUUGCAAUAUCGUAUUACUCAUCCAGUGAAGGAUGCUUAUCCUUUGUGGCUGACAUCGGUAAUCUGCGAGGUGUGGUUUGCCUUAUCCUGGCUUCUGGAUCAGUUCCCAAAAUGGUAUCCCAUCAACCGUGAGACCUACCUGGAGAGGCUUGCAAUGAGAUAUGAUAGGGAAGGGGAGCCUUCACAAUUAGCACCUAUAGAUGUAUUUGUCAGUACAGUGGAUCCUUUGAAAGAGCCUCCUCUUGUUACUGCCAACACUGUGUUGUCCAUUCUUUCUGUGGAUUACCCUGUCGACAAAGUCUCUUGUUAUGUUUCAGAUGAUGGGUCAGCAAUGUUAACCUUUGAAGCCCUCUCUGAGACGUCAGAGUUUGCAAGGAAAUGGGUGCCCUUCUGCAAGAAGCACAACAUUGAACCUAGGGCCCCUGAAUUUUAUUUUGCUCAAAAGAUAGAUUACUUGAAGGACAAGAUACAGCCUUCUUUUGUGAAAGAACGCAGGGCAAUGAAGAGAGAGUAUGAAGAAUUCAAGAUACGAAUUAAUGCACUUGUUGCCAAAGCACAAAAGACGCCUGAAGAAGGUUGGACAAUGCAAGAUGGAACUCCUUGGCCUGGAAACAACCCUAGAGACCAUCCAGGAAUGAUCCAGGUGUUUUUAGGGCACAGUGGCGGCCUUGAUACAGAUGGUAAUGAGCUACCUCGGCUGGUUUAUGUUUCUCGUGAGAAGCGUCCAGGGUUCCAGCAUCACAAGAAAGCCGGAGCAAUGAAUGCUUUGAUUCGAGUUUCAGCUGUCCUGACCAAUGGUGCCUAUCUUUUGAAUGUCGAUUGUGAUCACUACUUCAAUAACAGCAAAGCUCUUAAAGAAGCCAUGUGCUUUAUGAUGGAUCCUGCUUAUGGAAAGAAAACCUGUUAUGUGCAGUUCCCACAGCGGUUUGACGGCAUUGAUUGGCACGAUCGAUAUGCUAACCGCAAUAUUGUCUUCUUUGAUAUCAACUUGAAAGGGCUGGAUGGCAUCCAGGGUCCAGUCUAUGUGGGUACUGGUUGCUGUUUUAACAGGCAAGCUCUGUAUGGGUAUGAUCCAGUUUUAACAGAGGCAGAUUUGGAACCAAAUAUUAUUGUCAAGAGUUGUUGUGGCUCGAGGAAGAAGGGAAAGGGUGGCAAUAAGAAGUACAUUGAUAAAAAGAGGGCAAUGAAAAGAACUGAAUCCACCAUUCCCAUUUUCAAUAUGGAAGAUAUUGAAGAGGGUGUUGAAGGUUAUGAUGAUGAGAAAUCACUUCUUAUGUCUCAGAAGAGCUUGGAAAAGCGAUUCGGUCAGUCUCCGGUAUUUAUUGCUGCCACCUUUAUGGAGAUGGGGGGCAUUCCACAAUCGACAAAUCCUGCAACUCUCUUAAAAGAAGCUAUCCAUGUUAUUAGCUGUGGAUACGAGGACAAGACUGAAUGGGGCAAAGAGAUCGGAUGGAUCUAUGGUUCCGUCACAGAAGAUAUUUUGACCGGGUUUAAGAUGCACGCACGGGGAUGGAUUUCAAUUUAUUGCAUGCCUCCUCGCCCGGCAUUUAAGGGGUCUGCUCCCAUCAAUCUUUCUGAUCGUCUGAACCAGGUUCUUCGAUGGGCUUUGGGGUCAAUUGAGAUUCUGCUGAGCAGACAUUGCCCUAUAUGGUAUGGGUACAAUGGAAGACUGAAGCUCUUGGAGAGAUUGGCAUACAUUAAUACCAUUGUCUAUCCCCUAACCUCUAUCCCACUGCUUGCUUACUGUAUACUUCCUGCUGUCUGUCUUCUCACCGGAAAAUUUAUCAUUCCUGAGAUAAGCAACUUUGCUAGUAUGUGGUUUAUUCUUCUCUUUAUCUCCAUUUUCGCAACUGGGAUAUUGGAGCUUAGGUGGAGUGGCGUUGGUAUUGAAGACUGGUGGAGAAAUGAACAAUUUUGGGUCAUUGGUGGUACAUCGGCUCAUCUCUUUGCGGUCUUCCAAGGUCUCUUGAAAGUGCUUGCUGGCAUUGAUACCAACUUCACUGUCACUUCAAAGGCAUCUGACGAGGAUGGGGACUUUGCGGAGCUUUAUGUGUUCAAAUGGACAUCUCUUCUCAUCCCCCCGACCACUGUCCUCAUUGUAAACAUGGUAGGUAUAGUGGCUGGUGUUUCGUAUGCCAUAAACAGCGGGUAUCAGUCUUGGGGCCCUCUUUUCGGCAAGCUCUUCUUUGCCAUAUGGGUUAUCGUCCACCUGUAUCCCUUUCUCAAAGGUUUGUUGGGUCGGCAAAAUCGUACUCCUACCAUUGUCAUUGUCUGGUCCAUACUCCUUGCUUCUAUAUUCUCCCUUCUAUGGGUGCGGAUCGAUCCGUUUACUUCGGACACCACAAAAUCUGCUUCAGCAGGUCAAUGUGGCAUCAACUGUUAAGUUCUUUCGAAGAUCAUUUUGUUGAGGUAAGCUACAACAUUUACCUCUCUGUAAAUAAAGAAGAAAACAUAUAAAAAGGUGUCGAAAAACCACAGGCAGAGCUAAGUUAUGUUGUACGAAGGGUCUCUUUGUCUUGAAGGAAUUAUGAAUAGACUUCAGAGACACCCUUUUGUUUUGCCACUCUUAUUUUAUUUUAUUUUAUCUUCAUUAAUUUGUAUUAUCUCAUCCAUAAGUGUUCAUGUUGGCUCAUUACAAGGACAGCUGUUCCAAACUGUAGCUUGUUUUUUGUUGCCACUGUAAUAUUGUGUUGAUUUAUUGUCAAGAGCUUGUAAUGAACCAGUCAUGGCAUUGGCUCUUUUGAAAUUAAAAGAAAAAAAAAGAUUAUUUCUUGGAAA